AUGGCCUCCAUGCUCGCCCGCAACGCUUUCCGAGCCGCCCCCCGCCUCCGGGCCCCCGUCCAGCGCCGCUUCAUCUCUGAGGCCGCUGCCGCAGACAGGCAGGCCAGCAAGGACGCCCUCAAGGCUGGAGCCAAGCGCGACCCCGAGCUCUACAUCUUGCUCGCCAUCAUGAGCGGUGCUUUCGGUCUUGCUGGAUGGUACUUCGCCUCCAACCCUACCAGCUCGUCUUCCGAGCGCUCCGUUUAUAAGGCUCCUGGCAGCGAGCCCUGGAACGAGGGAGGUUCGGGCAAAUACCAGUACCACCCCGGUGGUGACCCCAAUGCCCCCAAGAAGGAUGCUCCUUCAGCCCUUAACGUUGUCAUCCUCCCCAACGUUACUCUGCCAAAGGAACUCCACGACCAGUACAACAAGUGGGGCAAGGACGGAUACUAG